AUGCCCAUGAAUCUGGAAGGAAGCUGCCAGUGCGGCGGCGUACAAUUCGAACUCCAAUCCAACACUCCGGUCCCCUACCAACUCUGCGCAUGCAGCAUCUGUCGCAAAGUCGCUGGCUACAACGGCAGCGUCAACCUGGGUGGAUUGGCUGACACGCUCAAGAUUAAGAAGGGGAAGGAACUCAUCAAUACUAUGUUGUGGCUGUGGGAUCAUCACUGGCCUGAAUUGAUUCAUCCUUUUGCGCCCGCGAUUGAUACCGAGUUGCCGGUGCCGGAUGAGAUGGUUUGUAUUAUGGAUUCGUCUAAGCCGGCUUAUGUACGAUGGCCGGAGGGGAAGAAGACGGUUCACAAGCUAUACGGCAAUGAGAGUUUGGAGGAGUGGCACAAGAAGCAUAAUCUCUACUAUGAAUGA